UACUGGUCCAGCAGUGGAGCUGUAUAGUUGAGGGCCUCCAGGGCCAUGGACCUGAUCAUAACGCAGGAACUGGCCCGUGCCCGGAAUCAACAAGAUGCAACUGCCCUGCGAAGAGCUUAUGAACUGAUCAAGUCUGCAAACCUGGGAAAGUCGGAGCUUGACCCCACAGAGAGCUUCAGCCCGGACCUGUUUGUGCUGUGUGCAGAGCAGGCACUCAAGAUGAAAGAGCCUGAGAUAAGCGAAGACUGCAUCCAGAUGUACUUCAAAGUGAAGGCGCCAAUCACUCAGUUUUUGGGCCGAGCGCACCUGUGCAGGGCCCAGCUUUGUGCCCCACAGUCAGAGGAAAAUGUGGAAGAAUUUGAAAAUUGCGUGACACAGUACAUGAAGGCCAUAAACUUUGCAAAAGGAGAACCGAGGUAUUACUUCUUGGUGUUCAAUGCUUCUGUCCUCUACUGGAACAUGGUGCGGCCCUUCCUGAAGCCUGGAUACCACCACCUCGUGAUUCCCAGCCUCUCCCAAAUCAUCACUGUGUUAAAUCAGACAGAAGAGGAGGACAAGGAGUGGCGGGCAGAGCUGAUGCUAGAACUGCUUGAAUGUUACCUGCAAGCCGGAAGAAAGGAGGAUGCUACCAAGUUCUGCUUGACAGCAGCGCCAUUCGUCAGAACCCAGGUGCCCCACAAGUACCGGCAGAUGUUCUCAACCAUGGUUCGUUAUGAAGUAUUGGAUGAUCUUAUGUUGAGGGAAGACAAGCAGCAAUCCAUUAUACUCUCCAUCACUUACCACAUCAAUUCGCUGAAAGCGAAAUUGGAUAAAAAUAACUUGCCGGAAAACCUGGAGCAAAUCCUGAGGAAAAUGUAUAGAGAUUUAAGUCAGUACCAUGACCAACACGUCCCUACCAUCAGAGAAGAAAAAAUCCUUUUGCUUUUUGAAUUGGGCCGCCUGUGUCUGACUUUGAAAAAUGAGCCAAUAGCCAGUGACUGCCUCCAAUACCUGAAGAAAAUGGAAACCGAAGAUACUGGCAAGCUGCUAGAAAUGGAAGGUCUGGAGUGUGAAUUAGAUGCUUUAAGGCUGGGAAGCAAGCUCAAAAUGUACCUUCGAGGAGCCGUCGAGGAGCAGCUACUCAUCAUAAAGAGAAUGGACAACAUCCUGCAGCGAGCCAUUCGUCUGGGUAACCCCACGACCAUCCACGUGCUGUGUACUGCACAGUGGAAUAUCUGCCUGCCCCUGCUGCAGCACAACCUGAGGCACCACCUCCGGAAGCCGCUGACCAACAUCGCUGAGAUUCUGGAAAAGGUUGAUAGUCUCAUGAUCCUGUUGCGCUGCCAAGUGCACAUGGAGAUGGCCUAUAUUGAGCAGGAUGAUGACCGGGUGGAGCCUGCCAUUGAGCAUAUGCAGAAGGCCAUGCGACUGGACAGCCUAGGUAUCUACAGGGACAAGAUCAAGAUAACCUACCGCCGGCUGCAGUUGGGUACCAUGCUGUACCAGUCUCCUGAUCGUCCUGAAGACAAGGCCACUAUGGCCAUUGAACAGGCAAAGAAAGCCACCCCAAAAGACAGUGCCCGGAAGAAGCGUGCAAUCCUGGUGAACGCAGGCCUGGCUCUUGCCCCCGACACCUUCCAGAUUGUGCUGGACAGCGAGAAUGAGUCCAAAGUUUCCAUUGGGAAGAUCAAGGGCCGCUUCACCUACCUCUGUGCAAAAGCUCGACAUCACAUCCUCUCUGUGGACAAAGCUGCUGGACACCUGCGGCGUCUGGGAUAUGAGAAUGACAAAGACAGAAUUGUGAUUUGGGCGGAGCUGGCCAAGGUUGCCUGGCAGCAAGAUGUGUGGGAUGUCUGUCGCACGGCAUCCCGAUUUUGCCUCCUCUAUGACAACGUCAAAGCAAAGAGGUCCACAAAGCUAAAACGAGGGAGGAAGAAGAAAGUCAUUGAGGGCUCCAUGAGUGACUGGGCUCCCUCUGACAUGGCCAUGCAUAAGCAGAUGCCCCCUGACCUGCUGAGGAAGAUCGCAAAGGUGUUGUUCAUCAGCGCUGAGGCCACUGUCCACCUUCUGCGCUCAGAAGGUGUACAGCUGAACAACCAGGCCAUUCCUCCUGAGGACUUGAGCCAACACCCAGCCGGCUACGUGCCUGAACCACCAGAGAGCAAUUCAGAGUGGAUCACGUACAGAACCUGGAUAGAAAACUUGUCACAGUAUGCCAUGAACAACUGGAUGCGCGCUGCAGAAAUUGGGCAGGAGUUAGGAGAAUCCUGGAUUGUGCAGAACGCCGUGGUCUACGUUUUGAACCACAACCGGCAUCUCAUCUUGGCUGGGAGGCAGAAAGAGCUGGUGGAGUCCCUAUUCCACUUCCUGAGCAUCAUCAAGAUCGUUGGAUACACAGAGGACUCAGUCAUGCUGGUCAUGCUCUGUAAUGCCCUUGCUCGAGGCCUGAUCAUGAGCUGGAUUCCCACCCAGACACCUGAAAAGUCGAAGAAGAACGUGCGCCCUACCUUGGUUCAUGGUCCACUGGAGUCUUCGACUCUAUCAGAUAUCAGAGCAGCUGUGGAGGUCUGUGAAUUUGCACUGAACCUCACUAACGGGAACGUGCCGGAGGACAUCGUGCCCACCAAUGUCCGGCAGCACCUCAUUGCCACCUGGGUGAAGGCCAAGCAGCUACUGCAGCAGCAGAUUGGUCAGCGGCUAGGCACCGAUGAGCAGAGUACCAAUGAAGACAUCAGCUCCGUGACCAGGGUCCUAGUUGCCCUUGAGAUGUACUCGUGCAAUGGGCUGGGCCUCAUGGACUUCACUGUGCCCCCGCUAGUUCAGGUGGUGAAGAUGGCCUCCGAGUGCAACUGGUCUGACCAUCUGGUGGAGCUGCAGACCCUGACACGCCUCACCCAUUUCGCCUACAUGGCUCACGACCAUGAGGUCACCAUGGCGUGUUCUCAGAAUGCCACACAGAUGGGCCUCAAGCACCUGAGGUCGUUUGAACCGAGCAACGCCAAGCUCGCAGCAGAAAUGCUGUGUAUGGUGUCCUGCAUCCAGGGCCGUAGCAUCAUGGAAAACUUGAAAGGCAGGAAGCAGCUACGGCUAGCAGCAGCCAAGGCCUUUGUAGAAAGUGCCAGGUUUGGGGGCCUGGCAAACAGCAAUUCCCUGGUGAUGAUGGCCGCCCGGCACUACUGGAACACAUGGCUCCCACUUCUGUCCUCACCGGCCAACAGGAAGAAGGCCAAGGCAUCCCUCCAGAGAAUCAUCAGCAUCAUCAACAAGACAGAGAACAAGAAGCAGGAGACAGAUAAAACCCUGCCUCUGCACCAGUGGCCGUCAGCUGACUUCCAGACUGGAGGGACAGGCCCUGAAAUCCCGUUCCUCCCAGGGGCCGAGGACGACCUCACACUCCGCGCUGCACUCUACACUCUGCUCUUCAACAGCCACGCCGACCGGAAUGACUGGGAGAUGGGUCUUAAGGUGCUGGACGAGGCUGUGCAAGUGCUGCCGAGGACAGCCCACCGCCUCUUGAUUUUCAAACAUAUGGUCAUUGUGAAGGCCAAGCUUGGGCAGAACUUCACCAUGGAAAUUCAGAAGUUCAAGGAUGAGAAGGAAAGCUAUUUGGCAAGCAUGUGGUACCGCCUGGCCCAGAACUCGAAAACCGUCUGUGGAGAGUUGAGCUGCUAUCAAAAUGCUAUCCAGGCACUGCAGAAACCAGAGAACAACUGGCAGAAGGUGGACUACAUCAUGGAGUUCAGCGAGUGGAUGUAUUACAAGCAGUUCCCUCUGGAUGACGUGUUUGACCACCUGGAUUGGGCAAUCGAGAUUCUGCUCUCCAUGAAACCCAAUGAAGACGCCCUUGAGCCAGAACCCAAGAAGGAAGGGCAGGCCUCCCCUGCCCAGUCUCUCACAGAGAGUACAGUGCCUUCAAAUCAGACGGCCUCCUUGGACCAGUUUCGAAGUGUGAGACAGUUGGAGGCCCUGGCCCGUGUGCACAUCCUGCGGGCUUUGAUGGCAUCCCCAAGUGCCUCUUCCUAUGAAGAUGACUGCUUGAUGGCCUACAGCUUCUUCAAGCACAUCUUGCAGAUUUCCUUGACAGAAGGAGUAAAACUAAUUCCAGAAAAGAAUUUGCAAGCGGUUAGUUCACAAUUGCUAUUGACCAAAAAGGAGAAGGAAAAGGAGAAGGAGAAGGAGAAGGAGAGGGAGAAGAAGGAGAAGGAGAAGAAGGAGAAGAAGGAGAAGAAGGAGGAGAAGAAGGAGGAGAAGAAGGAGGAGAAGAAGGAGGAGAAGGAGGAGAAGGAGGAGAAGAAGGAGGAGAAGAAGGAGGAGAAGAAGGAGAAGGAGGAGGAGAAGGAGAAGAAGGAAAAGGAGAAGAAGGAAAAGGAGAAGGAGAAGAAGGAAAAGGAGAAGGAGAGGGAGAAGGAAAAGGUCAAGGACACGAAGCAGAUCUCAACCUCAGCUUCCAACAAGCCACCGGAUGAGAUCCCCACCAGCAUAGGAGAGUGGGCCUCCUACUCCUGCUCUGAAGAUCUGCUGCAUGUGUUCAAGCAAGACAAGAGUGACUGCACGAUUAACUCGUCAAGUUUCCAGAAGCCUACGUACAGUUUGUACUACAUAGACCAUUUGGCCAAAGCCCUGCAGAAGAUGUUCCUUCAUGAGCUCAGCAUCCCAAUCCUGCAGCUGGGUGUGCUCAUUGCAGAAGCCGUGGUGGAGAGCAAGAGCCUUGCGGACCUCUACCACUUGCGACUUCUACAGGUAUGCUCUGAUCUGAGGUUGCACUACGCAGCAACUCAUCAUGAAGAGGUGAUUGGACAGGCAUACUUCGGGGACAUGGAGCAGGCCAGCUGCAGAAAAGAGAUUGCAUUUAAGAAAGAGAAGAACAAGGAACCGGAGAUGGAAGAUUACCUGCCAACCCUGCAUGAGCAGCUGACUCUCUCCGACUCUGUAGAGGUGAAGGCACUGAUAGCGCAAGACAAGAUCUUGAAGAUAAAUGGAGAGACUGGAAAGGGCCUGGAGGGGACGUCCUACCCCCAGCUGUGGUUGCUCAAAGGGGAGGUCCUGCUGGAGCUGGAGCUGCACCAACCAGCCCGGCUGCUCCUGUCUGAGGCCCAAUGGGCUUUCCAGGAGCUAGGCGAUAUCUGUUCAGAAGCCCAGUCCCUGUUGCUUCUAGCAGAGUUGGCCAACAAGGAAAAGAACCAUGCGCAGGCUAUGCUCAUGGUUGAGAGGGCCCAGCAGCUGGGCGGGGCCGAGGAGUUCUGGUACAAGUCCACCCUGACUCUGGCUGAGGCCAUCUUAUCCUCCGAAGAUCGUAGAAAAGAAAUCUCAGUCUGCAGCCUGUUUCAGAAACUCAUAGAUACUUUCAGGGCCCUCCAGAACGAAAGGCCGAACCGAGUCUCCCUGCUGGAAUUCCUCAUCAUGGAGCUAGAGGCCAGGUGUGUGAAACUUCGAAUCCAAUUUGCCUGCAACCUGACUGACGAAGAAUUUAACGAGCACCCAUUUUUGCUGAGAGAACUAGAAGAUCACCUGUUGGAAGUUGAACAAAACUUAAUAUUUGGUGGCUACUACAAAAAUUAUGUUGACUUAAAACUAGAUCAUGCAAAGAUCAAGAGGUUAUGUGCUCAGAAGGAAAAAGACGAGGAACAAAAGACUGCCUACUAUCUGGAGAUGUACUCGUUGUCCCAGAAAGCUGUAUCUGAGGAAGAAGAAGUAUUUCACAGAAUCCAGGCGCUCCUGUCCCUUCACGAUUUGCAGAACAUCAACUCCCCAGUGAUGAGGAGGUUGGCCCGCCUCAAGCUCAGCCUGGCAGAAACGUGCCUGGACCUGCUGCAGCUCGUGUGCAAGGAGGCCCUGGAUCUGCAGAUGGAGCAGGGCUCCUUCGAGAAGCUGCUUGCAGACUUCCUUCAGAACACCACUGACUACACAUCCAUCGGCUUGCAAUGGUUCUUCCUGAAGAGGACCCUGCCUCACUUGGUGCUAACACAGCUGGAGAGUCUGCAGCCACUGUGUGUGGGCUGCACGGACAUCCGUGCCCAGCUCCUGAUCCUGGCUGGGAAGGCUCUCCAUCUGCUGUACGUGCAGACAGAUCCGGUGUACCCUUCCUUCUGCUGGGAGGAGGAACUCUUGGUAGGCACUAAGAAGGAUAGCCUGAGAUCGCUGGAGACAGACACAGAGGACAGGAGUGUAGAGACCUCCUCCUCGGCAGUCUUCAAGGAAGCCCCCAAGGAGCAAAGCCGAAAGGCUGAAGGUCUGAAGAAAAGGAUGGUGCUGGCGAGGGGGUUCCUGGCUCAGACAUCGGAGGUAUUGCUGCAGUGUAUACAGACUUCCCUGAGCAACAACCUUCUGGACAUCGUGGCCUCUGCCAGCAUAGAGAUGGUGGAAUGCAUUGGCAUCCUGGAUCCCAUCACCACCUGCCAGUUCCUAACACUGUCACAGAGCUGUUCAACCUCAGAGAUGAUGCGGAAGGUCCUGCUCACGGCCACGAAAAACACGGGCAGCUCACAGCUGGCGGCCCUGCUGCAGCUCCACCAGCGACUCAGGCAGCAAGACAAGAUGUCCACCAGCCUGUUUGCCAGUGUAGAGCAGAAACUGGCCUCCUCUUUCAGGGCAUGGCAGAGCCUCUGUGUCACAGAGCAGCAUUUCAGCAUCCUGAAUGAGAUCCCACCCGUGUUCCGGAUCCUCUUUCUGCAGCAUUCACAGGACAGGUCUUGUCUGUAUGGUGCUGCCUUUGAGAGACCAAAGACCAUGCCUUCACCCAAGGGGAAACUGAUAACCGUGGGCGGUUAUUGCAAGGUAACUCGGGUGGCUACGAGUCCAACUGCCAUCUCUGACCUGUUGACGAGUAUCCAGUGGUUCCAGAGGCAGACACGGGUCAAGGAGCAAGCCCUGUGCACUCAGAGUCUCAGCAGCAUCCUGGAGCACAUGGAGGACUACCUGAAGCCCAUCACCCCCCAGCUCACCUUCCCAGAAAGCAGAAAUCAGAUGCCAACAGCUGUGGGUGAUGCAGGGAAAAAUAAAGGCAGAGAGAAGGAAAGGAAAAUCUCUCUCCCUUCAGGGCAGCCUGACCCUGAGUACCUGAUCCUGAUUGUGGACAAGUUCCUCCUGGAGCUGCCCCUGGAGGGGCUCUCCAUGCUCAACGAGGUCACCUCCCUGUCACGAGAUUUCUCUCUCCAGAUGCUGUGGAACCGUCUCCAUAAGGAGGAGCGAGAAGGCAGUAUGAAGAAGGAGGUCAAGAGCAAGGACUUAAAGAAGAAGACUCCAGGAAAGAAGGCCCUGAAGAGCAUCAUGACCCGGAUCAUCCCACCGGAAUGCAACCUGAUCGACUCAGACACCAUCAAGUUUGUUGUGGACCCUUACGAGGAGGCCCGGGGCACAGAGUUAAUGAGACCUAUCGAGAUAACCCAGGAAAUCUUGGAAAAGUACCGAGACACUUUUACCGGACGUUGGAUGGGGCACCUGGGAAACCACAACUUUCCAAGCCAGGCUGACUGGGAACAGCUACUGGACAGCUGCAGAGGCUUCUUCUUCUAUGGAAUGGAGACCUUCCUGUCCCACCUGGAAAUAGAAAGACUGGUAGCCAUGAAUCUGCAAGAAUGCCAGAUGAUGAUCCUAUUGGACUUGACAAGGUCCUCUCACAGCCAGAAGCGGACGAUAGAAAGCUCAGAGGGCCAGAGCGCAUCACAGCGGUCCUUGGUGAAGCCCAUCCAGACGGCCAUCCUUCUGAGUCUGGUAGGGGUCGAGAGCAUUGUCGACAACCAGUGGCCCACACUGAUGCAGGACAACAUGCUGAGGGCCACCAUCCUGUGGGACAACCUGUUGGCAAUUGGCAAGCCACUUGGAAAAACAGUUCGUCUCAUUCAUAAACUAUGCAAUGAACCAGGUAGCCAAGACGAGAAACCCCAGGUCUCCAAGAAUGAGCCACUCUCUGAGUUGCAGCCUCACCACCCGGAGUCACUCACCACUGCCCUCAACUGGGUUCUGUAUGGUCUGCCUCACCAAGCCAUCGUGUGAGCUAAACCCUGGAGUCUUUGUGAAGCCACUAUCCCUAGCUCUACCUCUCUGUGACUCCUCCCCACUCAGGGCUCUUUCCCCACUUUCUGGGGCUCACCCCAGCCUUGAUACAGCCUGAUAUCUGUCCUGUCCACAAUACAUAAUCCUGAGAAGACAGCUGUUGCUGGGUAUAGCACCUAGGCUCUUGCUAAUUCUCAUUAGCCUGCCAGUUUGUUUUUGGUUUCAGUAUUUAGUAAACAACAAA